GCAGACUGCUAAUCCAGCCUGUGUCUUUUAGAAGAAGCAACCUCGCUACAUAAAGCAUUGGAGGUGUGUGAAUCUUUUAGGUGCACAAGCAACAAAAAGGAGAAUGUGAUCCCUUUUAACUCAGCUUAAAAGACACACAAGAAGGAACCACUGAUUUGAUUGGAUAUUAAAAAAGAUAAGAAAAACAACUGCCACUCACUAGCUAGUUUUGCUCUUUGAAGCAGCUCAAAUGCCCAAUUAUCUUCCCAUUUUCUUUAUUUCACUGUAAAGGUGAGUGGGCGGAUGUAACAUAGAGGGUGAGAAAGAAGCAGACGGAAAAGGGGGUGGCUGAGGGAAAGAGAGAGAGAAAGGGAGAGAUCAGAGCACACUCCGGCUUGGUUACGAUCAGACUGUCUGCCGUGCCGAGAUAAUGUGAUAGAGGAACAGGAGAAGAGGGAUUUUUGUCCAUAUUACAGUGCUCCGGUUGGGAGGAAACAACUCUUUUCACCUGCUAUGGAAUACAGGAUUGUUCAAACGGAAACAGGUUUUUUGCUGAAGAAAUCAACUUGAAAAUACCAAGAGGUUAUUUUGUGACUGUCAUUUUGGCCCCUGCCGACACAGCACGUAGGACACUGAAGAGACUUGGGAUUUGUGGGGGUAAACAGGGAAACUAAAGACAGAGACAGAAAUGGAGUGAUUGACAGCUAUGGCCAAUGAACAGUUCUGAGUAUUUUCUGAAUAUCUUUCGGCUCUGAGACAAAUCUGCUGGUUCUUUUGCUGCCUGGGUGCAUAUGAAUGUACUGUACCGGUAGCAAGCAAAACUACAUAGAGGUUAAAGUCUGGAAACUUUUCACAAAGACAGUUUGUUUCACCAUAGCAUGGUUGCUUUCAUUUCAAGUUCAAGUCCAAAGUGACACUUCUCUAAAGUAGAAUCAAUCAGAGAUAUUCGACUUAACAGUCCCAGUUCAGUCAUGCAUCCCAGGUUAGUUACCUUCCCCAUACUGCUGUCUGUGCUCCUUAUGUGGGGACCUUUGGGGUCCAGGGGCCAGAAUGACACAGAGCCCAUCAUCCUUGAGGGGAAAUGCUUGGUCGUAUGUGACUCCACUCCUUCAUCUGAGCCCGCCGGUAACGCCCUGGGCAUGUCGGUCCGUUCCGGCUCUGGCCGGGUUGCCUUCUCCGCCAGCCGCCAGACCAACCAUGAGCCCACAGACAUGAGCAACCGCACCAUGAUCAUCUACUUUGAUAAUAUUCUAGUGAACGUGGGCACUCAUUUUGACCAAGAGAGCAGCGUCUUCCUGGCACCAAGAAGAGGCGUGUACAGUUUCAACUUCCACGUUGUAAAGGCCUACAAUAGACAAACUAUUCAAGUCAGCCUGAUGCUGAACGGCUGGCCAAUGAUCUCAGCCUUUGCCGGGGACCAGGAUGUGACAAGAGAAGCUGCCACUAAUGCCGGCCUGGUGAUUAUGGAGAAGGGGGACAAGGCCUACCUCAGACUGGAGAGAGGCAACCUGAUGGGAGGCUGGAAGUACUCCACCUUCUCCGGGUUUCUGGUCUUUCCCUUGUGAGGAAGGUGGAUGGGGGGUCAGGUUGAAGUGUUGGAAGGGUGAUAGGAGGAUAAUUGGAUGGCGCAGGGGUGACAAUGACUGAGAGAAAAAUGAAAGGGGGUGGAAGAAAAACAAGGCUUCCAUCUUUAACUCUUUAUACAGUGCAUGAAAGGAUGUGUUUUAUGCAAAAAAUAAAAAAUAAAUGAGAUAAAGAUUGUGUAAAUUAAGAUAAUUUUCACUUGAGACCAAAAGAAAAAAAGUGGGAAAAGAAGCAGAGACAUUCAGUAAAGUUAUCUGUGGCUUUAAUUCGCUGUUUCUGUGCAUACAUAUUAGUUGGGUUAAGAGAUAUUUUAAUUGUGAUAAAAAGUAGCCAUGUGCAAUGUGGGCUUCUGUGCUAAGAUUUUUUUUUAUUCACAAUGUUUGAAACACUGCUGUUCUCCACAUGGCAUCCUGUCUAGCUAACAAACUUGCCAAACUUGCCCUUUACUCUGCUGUGUCGUAUGAAUGAUGCCCCUCUAUAUGCCUGUUAAAUCUCCUGCAACAAAUGUUUAUUUACACAGAAAUUUCUAUUGAGGAGAACAUAUUCAAAUAAAAUCAUA